AGAGGCAAAGAAGGAGAGAAACACAUCCAACAGAGAACAAAAAGGAAACAGGAGGAGGAGAGUGGGAAAUGUGGGGAGCUCCAUGAAGACUGAGAGAGAAUAGGUAUAAACAAUAAGCAUUAUAGGGAGGAAAAAAAGUCUUGAAAGAGACGGACAGGGCCGAAAGUAAAAGAGGGGAAGCCACAGAGGGCGAAGAAGCUCGGAGCUUAGGAAAAGUAGGAAGGCAAAGCGAAGGACUGGUUGAGGGAGGGAAGAAACAUCUGGAUGGUCUCCACAGGGACAGCCAGCAGGUUACCGCCCCUUCGAAGAUGGCCUCCAACUUCAAUGACAUCGUCAAGCAAGGCUACGUACGCAUGCGGAGCCGCAAGCUGGGGAUCUAUCGGCGUUGCUGGCUGGUGUUCAAAAAGUCAUCCAGUAAAGGACCUCGUCGUCUGGAGAAAUACCCUGACGAGAAGUCUGCCUACAUCAGAGCAUGUCCUAAGGUGACAGAGAUUAGCAACGUCAAGAAUGUCACACGGUUACCUCGAGAUACCAAGCGGCAGGCGGUGGCCAUUGUCUUUACAGAUGACACCUCACGCACCUUCACCUGUGAAUCAGAGUUGGAGGCAGAGGACUGGUUUAAGACACUGUCAAUCGAGUGUCUGGGCACACGGCUCAAUGACAUCAGCAUGGGAGAGCCUGACCUCCUGGCUGCUGGAGUGCAGUGUGAACACACAGAGCGUUUCAACGUGUUCCUCCUCCCCUGUCCCAACUUGGACAUCUACGGGGAGUGCAUGAUGCAGAUCACCCAUGAGAACAUUUACCUGUGGGACAUCCACAACCCUCGCACCAAGCUGGUCACCUGGCCGCUCUGCUCCCUGCGGCGCUACGGACGUGACGCCACCCGCUUUACCUUCGAGGCCGGACGGUGA